GCUCGCUUUCCCCCCCGUAGGCGGCGGUGCGAUGGUUCAGGCUGGCUGGGGAGUAUUGGCCUUGGGUUUUGAAUCGCUGACUUCUCCAGCCAGCAGGGGCGGGAGCCGAGGCUGCGGCGAGGGCGAGUGAAGCGCAGAGCUGAAACCAUGGUUCAACAGGUGCUCUACCGGGCGCUGGUCUCCACCAAGUGGCUGGCAGAGUCGGUCCGGGCUGGGCAGCUGGGGCCUGGCCUGCGGGUACUGGACGGAUCCUGGUACCCACCGGGCACCCGGGAAGCGCGCAAGGAGUACCUGGAGCGCCACGUGCCUGGCGCCUCCUUCUUCGAUAUCGAGGAGUGCAAGGACAAGUCCUCGCCCUACGAGGUGAUGCUGCCCAGCGAGGCGGGCUUCGCAGACUACGUGGGCCGCCUGGGCAUCAGCAACAGCACCCACGUGGUGGUGUACGACGGCGACGACCUGGGCAGCUUCUAUGCGCCUCGGGUCUGGUGGAUGUUCCGCGUGUUCGGCCACCGCAUGGUGUCGGUGCUCAAUGGCGGCUUCCGGAACUGGCUGAAGGAGGGCCACCCCGUGACGUCCGAGCCCUCUCGGCCAGAGCCGGCAGUCUUCAAAGCCACACUUGACCGCUCUCUGCUCAAGACCUAUGAGCAGGUGCUGGAGAACCUUGAGUCUAAGAGGUUCCAGCUGGUGGAUUCACGGUCCCAAGGGCGGUACCUGGGCACCGAGCCUGAGCCAGAUGCCGUAGGACUGGAUUCCGGCCACAUCCGAGGUUCACUCAACAUGCCGUUCAUGGACUUCCUGACCGAGGACGGCUUCGAGAAGAGCCCAGAAAUGCUCCGAGCUAUGUUCGAGGCCAAGAAGGUUGACCUCUCAAAGCCCCUCAUUGCCACGUGCCGGAAGGGCGUCACCGCCUGCCACAUUGCCCUGGCCGCCUACCUCUGCGGCAAGCCCGACGUGGCCAUCUACGACGGCUCCUGGUUCGAGUGGUUCUACCGGGCACCCCCUGACACCAUUGUGACCCAGUGGAAGGGCAAGAAAGCCUGAGCACUGCACCUCCCCUCCGCCGGCCCGUAGCCCGGCCAGUCUGGUGACUGGCGUGACCUGGGGCCGGUGCGUACCCCUUCAGCCAGGGAGACCAACAAGGUUUAGAGUCUCGGGGUAAAGCUCUUCUCCCCCCACUAACACUGGAAUAAAUGUGGCUUUCUCCGAGU